AUGCCUGGCGGCCUGCUGCAAGGAGUCAAGCGGCCCAAGGCGCAGCCCGAGGAGCUCAUCGACAGCAUCAAUGCCCUGCCCCGCCCUGCUUUCUCCGCCCGCUUUUUUCCGCCGCGCUCCAAAUUGCUCCAGCACGGCGACUACCAUGUCUCGCCCAGGCCGGUGGCUGACCUCGACCAUGACGAAUUGAUGGCCUGCUUCAGCCUCAUCGAGACCACGUCCGCCGCCGACUACAAGAAGUCUCCCCGCGGCUGGCACCCCAACGCCAAACAGCGCGAGAUGAGGGAGGACAACAUGCACUAUCUGCUCGUCCGCAAAGCUGCUCUCGGCGAAAUCGUCGCCUUCCUCUCCUUCAUGUUCACCAUCGAGGACGACUAUCCCGUCGUCUACAUAUACGAGAUCCAUCUGGCAGAGGAGCAUCGGGGCGCCGGCCUGGGCAAACACUUGAUGCGCAUAGUGGACCUGUGCGCCGCCGAGGGCGCCGUGGACAAGGUGAUGCUCACCUGCUUCAGGAGCAACGCCGUGGCCUUGGCAUUCUACGAAAGGCUUGGCUUCGGCGAAGACGAGUUCAGCCCGCCAGCAAAGAGGCUGAGGGGCGGUAAGAUCAAGGUGCCGCCGUAUUUGAUCAUGAGCAAGAGCGUCGAGGAGGACCACGCAAAGGCUGUCGCCAACAUCUCGGCCGCCGUGCGCGCUUUCCACGAUCGAGGAGAGAAGUUCCGCAUCUCGCAUGGCUCCACCAACAGCACUCGCCAAUCCGCCACGAGGCGAAAGACCAACUUCAUCGACACGAGCGGCCUAUCGCACGUGCUCAAGGUUGAUGUCGAAGCCCGCACCGCCCUCGUGCAGCCCAACGUCCCCAUGGACCGCCUCGCCGAGGAGACCAUGAAGCACGGCCUCAUCCCCCCCGUCAUCAUGGAGUUCCCCGGCAUCACCGUCGGCGGCGGCUACUCGGGCACCUCGGGCGAGAGCAGCUCCUUCAAGUACGGCUACUUCGACCGGACCAUCAACUGGGUCGAAAUGGUCCUGGCCAACGGCCAAGUCGUGCGCUGCUCGCGCACCGAGCUGCCCGACCUCUUCCACGGCGCCGCCGGCGCCGUCGGCACCUUCGGCGUCACCACCCUCGUCGAGCUGCAGCUCAAGCCGGCCAAGAAGUUCGUCGAGACGACGUACCACCCCGUCUCCAGCGUCGCCGAGGCCGUCUCGCUGUCCGAGCAGCUCAUCGCCCAGCCCGACACCCACGACUACGUCGACGGCAUCCUCUUCUCCAAAACCUCGGGCGUCAUCAUCACCGGCCGCGCGACCGACACCCCCGCCCCCACCGCCCCCAUCCAGACCUUCAGCGCCCCCAGAGACCCGUGGUUCUACCUCCACGCCCAGGACCGCAUCAAGGCCGGCCGCGCCGCGACCGACGCCGUCCCCCUCGCCGAAUACCUCUUCCGCUACGACCGCGGCGGCUUCUGGGUCGGCCGCUCCGCCUUCGAGUACUUCCACUUCCCCUUCACCGCCGCCACGCGCGCCCUCCUCGACGACUUCCUGCACACGCGCAUGCUCUACGCCGCCCUCCACGCCUCGGGCCAGUCGCGCCGCUACGUCGUCCAGGACCUCGCCCUGCCCUUCUCCACCGCCGAACGAUUCAUCGACUACACCGCCGCCACCUUCGACAUCUGGCCGCUCUGGCUGUGCCCCCUCAGGCAGAGCGACGGCAACACCAUGCACCCGCACAACGCCACCGACCUCGAAGAAGUCCCCGACGUCGAAAGCGGCACCACCCGCACCCGCCGCCGCCCCCUCCUCAACGUCGGCCUGUGGGGCUGGGCCCCCCGCCACGCGCAAAACGACCCCGACGCCUUCGCCGCGCUCAACCGCGACCUCGAAGCCACGCUGCGCGAGCUCGGCGGCAUGAAGUGGCUGUACGCGCACACGUACUACACCGAAGACGAGUUCUGGCGGACGUACAAGAAUCGGGACUGGUACGAGGCGUUGCGGCGCAAGUACGGCGCCGAGGGCUUGCCGAGCGUGUACGAGAAGGUGCGGGUGGACGUGGGGGAGGAGAAAAGGCUGAGGGCCGAGGCCGGCUGGGCGAGGCGGCUGCUGGAUGUGUGGCCCGUGGGUGGCGUGUAUGCGAUUAGGCGGGCGAUCAAGAGCGGGUUGUAUUGGAGGCAUAGGGAUGCGGUGUGGAAUAAGCAUGGGGCGGGGGGGAAGGAGUAG